AUGGUAAUUGACAAUGCGAUUUCCGAGUUCGUUGCCUGUAGCAUUCAACCGUUCACCCUUGUUGAAGAGACCAGUUUCCGUAAAUUAAUUAAAGUGUUGGAUCCCCGCUAUGAAUUACCUUCUAGAAAGACAUUGAAACAUGUGCAGAUGGAAAAUUUGCUUAUUAAAAUGAAAGCUAAGUUGUCUACCACUUUGGAUAAAGUUGACCACCUUGCUAUUACGACGGAUCUGUGGACUUCACGAGCAAGUAAAUCAUUUAUCACCGUCACAUGUCAUUUUAUCGAUGAGGAUUAUAUUUUGCGUUCAGCUGUGCUUUCUACAAACCUUUUGCUAAACGAAACAAACCAUUCAGCACAAAAUAUUGGCGAAACAGUGCGCUUGGUUUUAGAUAGUUGGCAAAUUUUUCACAAGGUCAACGCAAUUGUAACCGACAACGAUAAAACAAUGACUAAAAUGUGCGAGAAUAUUCAGAAAAGAAAUCUGCCUUGCUUCGCACAUACAUUAAACUUAAUAGUACAAGAAGCUCUUAAGAUGGGUGCGAUACAUUCGCUAGUGUUGAAGUGCAAACUCAUUGUAACAUUUUUUAAACAAAGUAACAUAGCAUAUGCAAAGCUUAGAAAUUCGCAGCAGCCAGGAAAAGUUUAUAGCUUAAAGCAGGAGGUACCCACUAGAUGGAACAGCGCCCUUGCUAUGAUUAAACGAAUAAUCCUCACCAAAGACGCAAUUGACAAAGUUCUACUAAGCAUACCAAAAGCACCUGCACCUCUGACUGCGGAAGAAGUUGCUAUUUUAGUGGACAUCGUAGAAUUGCUUGAACCUUUCGACACCGCUACUGAAAAAGUUUCGUCAUCAACAAAUAUAACAGUUUCGCUUAUUAUUCCGGUGGUGUGUGGUUUACUUGACACUAUAGAAAGUUUAAAACCCAAAGUCCAAUCGGAAGAAGGAUCCGAAAUGCUAUUAAAUUUAAUUGAUAGCAGUAAACGCAGACUGUUGGGAUAUGAAAAACGCACUGUAACCAGAUUAUCCACGUUGCUUGAUCCUCGAUUCAAAAAGGAGGGCUUCCUUUUUUCUCACAACGUUUCAGAAUCCGUAAAAGCGUUGGAAACCGAAUUAACCCAGUACAACAAAAAUCCUGCUCUCUACACAUCCGAGCCACCAACACCAACUGUGACUGCACUUUGCCAUCAGCAUCAUCAAUAA